AUGACGGCCGAUAGAGCAUCAGACCAGGCUGUGGGAGAUGAGAGGGCCAUAUCCAGCAAACAGGAGAUAGCUGGGCAUGGCCAGGCAGCUACCGACCAAUACGGCCACGCCCUGCUGGAGUUCGACAAGGCCGCAGAGUCCCGUCUACGCUGGAAACUGGACCUGUGCAUUGUUCCAACUGUUGCGAUAUUGUAUCUAUUCUGCUUUAUUGAUCGAGCUAAUAUCGGAAACGCGAGACUCGCUGGUCUGGCCACCGAUCUGAACAUGAAAGGGAAUGAUUACAACCAAAUCCUCUCCAUGUUCUAUAUCUCAUAUAUUAUAUUCGAGAUCCCAAGCAAUAUCUGCUGCAAGGUUAUGGGUCCAGGAUGGUUUCUGCCGUUGACAACCCUCUUAUUCGGUGCUGCAUCGCUUGCAACAGCCUUCGUCCACACCGUGGGCCAGGCAUCAGGAGUCCGGUUCGUGUUAGGCAUAUUCGAAGCAGGCAUGAUGCCCGGUAUUGCAUACUAUCUAUCCAGAUGGUAUCGACGCAGCGAGCUCGCCUUUCGUCUAUCCCUUUAUCUUGUUACUGCGCCCCUUGCAGGAGCAUUCGGAGGCCUCCUUGCUUCAGCGAUCUUAAAGCUCGACCACUUUGGCGGCCUGCACACCUGGCGAAUGAUCUUUGCAAUCGAGGGCAUUGUCACAAUCGGCGUUGCAAUCAUCGCCUUUUUCACCCUCACCGACCGGCCAGAAACCGCGCGCUGGCUGACCCAGGAAGAAAAGGAUCUCGCGAUAGCCCGGCUCAAGGCAGAGCGAGUCGCAACAACAGAGGUCCUGGACAAGAUCGACAAGACGAAAAUGCUACGAGGCGCCCUGUGUCCUGUCACAUUAGCAACGGCCUUUAUCUUCCUGCUUGAUAACAUCACAGUUCAAGGUCUGGCAUUCUUUGCGCCUACAAUUGUACAGACCAUCUACCCCGAUGCCACUGUUAUCAGACAACAACUCCACACAGUGCCUCCUUAUAUUGUAGGCGCCUUCAUUAACCUAGUUAUCCCAUUCAUGAGCUGGCGCCGGGACAACCGCAUGCUAUUCUUCGUCCUAUCCCCGUUACUCAUGAUCAGCGGAUACAUCAUGUUCCUGGCCAGCACAGACGGAAAAGUCCGAUACAGCGCAACAUUCCUCAUAGCCAGCGGCGCAUUCCCCUUUGGAGCCCUCUGCAACGCCCACGCAUCGAAUAAUGUUGUAUCAGACACCGCGCGCUCCGCGGCAAUCGGCACAAAUGUUAUGCUGGGCAAUAUCGGAGGGCUGAUUUCAACGUGGUCGUUCUUGGACUUCGAUGCUCCCGACUAUCAUAUCGGGAAUGGCUUGAAUCUGGCCACGGCUAGCUUGAUUAUGAUUCUGAGUGCGGUGCUUUGGGCCUGGAUGGAGUGGGAUAAUAAGAAGAGGGAGAUGGUUGAUAUUAAUCAGGCUCUAGACGGCAUGUCGCAGAAACAGAUUCAGGAUCUGGACUGGAGGAAUCCGGCUUUUAAAUGGCGGCCAUAG